CCCAGCGAUGGCCACGUCCACAGCAUCUUCGAGGCUUCAACCGGCACUUUUCAGUGGAUAGUGGCCGACCCGACCACCCGCGACGCCGUCAUCAUCGACCCGGUCCUCGACGGGAAAUCCGCUUCCAGUCCGCGCGGAAUCUCGACCACGGCCGCCGAUCAACUGAUCGAAAUCAUCAUCGAACGGCGCUACCGUGUGCUACGAAUCCUCGAAACCCAUUCUCAGCGCCAAUGUGCAACAGCGGCAUGGUAUCUCCGCACUCAACUGCGAGACAUGACCGGCCAUCUGCCCCGAAUAUGUACCGGCAAGAGCAUCGAAGGUGUGGAGCGCAUGUUCGCCCGGCAAUAUCGCAUCACCAAUCCCUUCCAGGCUUCCCUCUUCAACAAUGGAUUCAAAGACGGCGAUCGAUUCGAGAUCGGUUCCUUGCAGUGUCAAGUCAUCCACCUGUCCGGUCCCGAUCCAGAUCGAUUCGGUUUCGUGAUCGGACGGAGUGUCUUCACAGGA